AUGGCAAACGCCGCGGUCUCCGAGGCAUUCACAAUGACCAACGGAGUGAAGGCGGGCUGCUCACUCGCUCCCAUCCUCUUCAGCCUCAUGUGCUUUGCCAUCUUAAUAGACGCCUACGGUGGGGAUCGCCCUGGGAUCCGCCUAGCCAACAGAAUUGACGGUCAUCUUUUCAACAGUUCGACUAUCUACGACACCAUUCCACGACCUAUUCUUCGCGGACGGUUGCACGUCCAACACCCCGUCCGAAGAGGAGCAUGGACCUCUUCGCCGCCGGGUGCAUCAACUUCGGACUGA